UAAUUAUGACCUUUCCACGGGACAAUCGAUAGCGCAAUCCUUGGGUCUUUAAUUCAAUUAGAAAAAUGAGAGGUCAACGUUAUAUCAACGCAUCAACUAUUGGCUUUCCACAAAGUUGUUGCUUCUAUAACAUUCAAUGCGAUAAAUGUUAUAAUUAACUGUGUAUCGUGUCUACUUCCUACGUGCUCAAAAUGCUUGCGCGUAAGGCAAUGAUGAGUUUUAUCAGACGAUUUGUCUAAAAGAGAGUUCAGCUAUGGCUGAAGGAACGGAGCCAAAGUCUAUUGACGGCCAAAUCUCGAGGGGUCAGUUAGAGAUAAAUGAAUGCCUCGGUAACUGGUUAACGUACUUACAGACACUUAAUGGCCUAUGUACAGCUGGUACUAAACUGGCCCAGUCCCUGCAAGCACUUCUCUCAGUGCACGAUACAGUGGCACAGUGCCGUCUGACGGGCCAGUGUCUAGCUGGGUGGAAAGAAUUGGCAAGAGCUACGCACAUAGCAAGCAGCACUGUUAAAAAUCAUGUAAUCACUGCUCUGAGGGAUCAUGAAUCUCGCGACAAUGACGGAGACAAGCAUGAUAUUCUCAGAGAAAAUCUCUUAACAUUCAUAAAUUUACAAUAUCAGUUCUGCGUUGCUUGUUGCGAGUGCUUGGGUGGCAUGGCGGAAUGCUCUUGUCCUCAGAGCGGUAGUGGCGAUUGCGACAUCGCUGCGCUUCAACAAUGUUUCGAACGUCUUUACAGUUCGCCAGUACCGCCAAUUUCCUCCUCGUCCACCCAACAGUCCACACAGAAUUGUCGAAGGUCCCCAUUGCCAUAUUCGUUGUUUCCUUUGCAGGUUCAAAGGAGAUGGUCGGAAACGGCAGCAGCGGAAAUGUCAGGCGAGUCCGUCGAGAGCACAAUGAGACGCUGGUCGAUGCCUUGGGAUUGCAAGCAUGUUAUAGAGUGGCCACGCCAGGAUGCGAGGUCGCGUUUGAGGGUGCCUCAGCAGGAUCGCAGUAGAUCUACCACGCCUGACUCGGUGUGGAAAACGUCGAUGGCCAGUCAGGAUGGUCUCCAAGAAGCUAUUCAACUAUUGUCUUGCAAGCCAGGAGUACGGUCAUCCAAUCAACUCUCGGCUUACACUAGUCAACAUAUCCCGGGCGUCACUUUGACAACCUGCAAUUUCGACUCGAAUUACGACUCUGCUAUUUGGUCGGGGUCGCGUAGGAUAGGUUCACCUAGAUGCUGGCCUCAGGACUCCAGUGAUCAUUCCGAUCAAUCCGGGCAUCGUGAUAGCGAUCACAGUGUUCACAGCGAACACAGGGACUCGGAACAGAGCGGUGCCAGCGGCAGUCACGGCGAUAGCAAGGACAGCAUUCACUCUCAUUGCGAUCACAGAGAAACCGAAGCUGGUACAGCUGACACAUUGCCGUCUCGCAAGAGCAGCUCGUCGACCGACUCUUGCAUCUCGGCACACAGCCGAUCAGGUUCUGAAAGCGCGGGUGGCGGGGACUGCACGAGAUCACAAUUGUACUCGAUGUGGAGCGGCGGCGAUCUGUCCUUCAUCAAGUUGCCGGAGAGCAACGAAGUACAAGACGAACAUCCACCCACUUAAAUAUCUGAUACUUUUACUUUAUAUCCACAAUGUAUCCGAGAAAGCUCAAUUUUUGGAUUACUGAACCAUGAAAUGACCCUUUCUAAGAAAUAUCUUUGAAGAAAAAUAUUUUGCAUAUUGAGAAAA